AUGGGAUUCGGCCAAUUCACCUCAAUAUGCGAAAAGGUGCCGCUACCGCUGUGCUCCCUGGUAGGACCGCCCUCGUCGAUAUCCGGUGCCACGGGCAUCAUCUCCAACUGCUAUGCGCGGAAUAUUGAGGUCGCCAAUACCAUCAUAUUCGAGGGCGCCGCCUCGUUUAUGCAUAUCAUCGCACUGGGCAUGACGGUGAUUAUGAUUUUGCACAUCAGGUCCAAAUUCACUGCUGUUGGUCGAAAGGAGAUUAUUACCGUCUUCUACAUCUACUUGGCGCUGACAAUCUGCUCUCUCAUCAUUGAUGCGGGGGUGGUUCCUCCCAAGAGCGGCCCAUUCCCGUACUUUGUAGCGGUGCAAAGUGGGUUGGUAUCGUCUUUAUGCGCUUGCUUGCUUGUCAACGGUUUCGUGGGCUUCCAGCUAUACGAGGAUGGAACCGCGCUCUCGGUGUGGCUGAUUCGCAUCACCUCCGUGGCCAUGUUUGCCAUGACAUUCGUGAUCUCCCUGCUGACCUUCAAAUCAUGGGGCGGACUGGGGCCUGAGAACACGACCGGCUUGUUUGUGGUGCUAUACCUCUUCAACGCCAUCUGCGUUGCAGUCUAUAUCCUCAUGCAAUUGUUGCUGGUCGUGAACACCCUUGAUGACCGCUGGCCUAUCGGCCACAUCUGCUUCGGCCUACUGGUUUUCAUCAUCGGUCAGGUGCUUCUCUAUGAGUUCAGUGACGUGAUCUGCAACAACGUUCAGCAUUAUCUGGAUGGUCUAUUCUUCGCCACCUUCUGUAACCUGCUUGCAGUGAUGAUGGUUUACAAGUUCUGGGACUCUAUCACCACAGAAGACCUGGAAUUCUCCGUUGGAGUCAAGCCAAACACUUGGGAGGUCAAGGAGUUACUUCCGGAAGAAGAGCGUCGUCAGACCGUCUACCAAGACAGCAAUUCCGAAUAUGCGGGCAGCCUGUAUCACCACCGUGACCACCGUGACCACCGUACCUCGAAUUACAACUAG